UUCACUGUCAGGAUGAAAAGUUCAGGAAGUCGAGCGGAAACUGGUGGAGAUCGGCAACAAGGCGCUUUUAAAAUGAGUUGAUGGAAGAAAUGGAGGCUGCUGAGAAUGAUGAUCCUUUAGAUGACUGGUUCUUCGAGUCUCUGAAAUCGUACAAAGAUCUUCACGUGUUUCAGCUGGAACGACCCACUCAGGUCAUCGAGUGGACGUCCGCAAAGACCGUCUGCGUCGCUGGAUUCCACUCGUCUAAAAAUGAAAUCUUGGAGCUCCGCCUGCCACUGAAACUUUUAGCAGAUGAAAACAAGGGUCUCUGUGCAGAGAGGGAUUUUAAAGUUGUCCAUGGUGGUUUCUCAGACGGCCCUGUUCGCUGCCUCAGACACGUUCCAGGAACCAGGUGUGUCGUGACUAAUGACGGGCGGAGCUCCGACCUGCAGCUCUGGGACCUCGGAGGAGACGACAGCGACGUGAUCCGGAGAACGGGAAGCAUCCGGGGGACGAGUGCGUCGCAGACCGGCACCAGGAUCGCCGCUCCGCCCUCGGCUCCGGCUCGGGUCCUCCAUGGAGCGCGGAGCAGCGACGUGCGGCUGACCCACCUGAGCACGGGACAGACGCUUUACAAGCUGGCAGCAGUGGACUCGGCAGAACCUCUGACUUCCCUAAAGUUCGUGGGAGACGCGGCGUUCCUCGCCUGCUGCUCCGACGGCACCGUCUACGCCGCCGACAUUCGGACGCCCGCCGCUCCCCGGGUCUCGCCUCCGCCGCCGUCUGCGGGGGAGUCGUUGCUGUGGUGGGCCGACGCCUCUGCGGCGCCGCAGCAGUCCUGCUGGAAGGUGGUCCGAGUCUCCUCCUCGGCUCAGGCGGUGGUGUCGGACCUGAGGAAUCUGGGAGGAGCGCUGGGCGGGGCUCAGCUGGACCUGCAGACGGCUCCCUGCAGACCGGGGGACGUCACCGUGUCCUGGGCGCCGGCGCUGGACGGCUGCUUCUCGGUGUCGGGUUUCGGCGGACUCGUUCAGAUUUACGACACCGCCGGCUGGAGGACGGCGCCGCAGGACGCCCGGCCGCUGUUUCAGCACCGCGGCCACGUGGUUCCCUCACGUCGCCACGACGACUCUGACCCCGCCUCCGUCACCGUCCACGCCUGGCAUCCCGAGCGGCCGAGGACGCUGCUGUCGGCGGCGUCGGACGGAUCGUUCCACGUCUGGGACUGGGUGGAACCAGAGGCGGGCUGAGGCUGCCGCUCAGUGAUGCGGGUCUAAUGGGUGCUGAGGAACCCGAUGAAUGUCUGGUUUGGGAUGUUAAAGCUGCUGCCUCUGUCUGAUGAGAUGAACUGGGCUAAUAAUAAAAAACAGAAAAUGUGACCAAA